AAUGUCGAAGACUGUAAGAAUUCCGGACAUGUUCCUCAAAGCAUCCGCUGCCUCUAAACGAAAAUCCGCUUCAAAUACUGAAAAUAUUCCGGAAAAAGUUCCCGCGGGCAAUGAAAAUCAAGAAGUCAAGAAAAUGAAGUUACAAGCACCAGAACCAACUGAAAUUCUGCUAAAAUCCCUGCUAACCGGUGAAUCUUGGUCGAAACUUUUAGAGGAGGAAUUCAAAAAAGGCUAUAUUUCGAAAAUCGAGAAAUUCUUGAAUUCCGAAGUGAACAAGGGCAAGCAAGUGUUCCCACCGCCCACACAAAUUUUCACAACAUUCAAUCUUCUGCCAUUCGACGAGAUCAGCGUGGUUAUCAUCGGUCAAGACCCCUAUCACGAUGAUAAUCAAGCUCACGGGCUCUCCUUCAGUGUUCAGAAGGGUGUAAAACCGCCGCCAUCGCUGAAAAAUAUCUAUAAAGAGCUUGAAUCCGAUAUUGAAGGCUUCAAGCGGCCCGAUCACGGGAACCUGCUCGGCUGGACACGUCAGGGAGUGUUCAUGUUGAAUGCCACGUUGACGGUUCGGGCUCACGAGGCGAAUUCUCACGCGAAGAUCGGCUGGCAAACUUUCACGGACACUGUUAUUCGGAUUAUUUCGCGACAAUCGGAGAAGCCUAUUGUCUUUUUGUUAUGGGGAGGAUUUGCUCAUAAGAAGGAAGAACUGAUUGAUACAAAGAAACAUGUAGUUAUAAAGACCGCCCAUCCGUCUCCGCUGAGUGCUCGCAAGUGGUGGGGAUGCAAAUGCUUCUCGAAAUGCAACACGGAGCUCGAAAAUUCCGGUCGAAACCCGAUUAAUUGGGCGGAUUUAUGAAUAAAUUCUCCUGUCGAACACCCUGCGUCUCUUCAUCUCACACACUCUCUCGCCACUCACUGAAGAACUCUGUUAUUUAUCGAUUUUUCUAUUUUCUCUUCAUUUUUCCUCAUUUUUUCCUCAUUUUUUCGGUUUUUCAUCAUAAAAAUUCGAUUU